AGUGAUGCGUAUUGCCGAGAGGAUGGCGGACGCCGGCUCGCGCUGCGUGGUUCCCAGCAACCUGUAUCCCCUCGUGCUCGGCUUUCUGUGCGAUAACCAGCUCUCGGACGUGGCCAACAAGUUCGCCAAGGCAACAGGCGCGACCCAGCAGGAUGCCAACGCCUCUUCCCUCUUGGACAUCUAUAGUUUCUGGCUCAAGUCCACCAAGGCCCCAAAGCGGAAGUUACAGGCAAAUGGACCAGUGACUAAGAAGGCUAAGAAGAAGACUUCAUCCAGUGACAACAGUGAGGACAGCAGUGAGGAGGAAAAAGCCCAAGGGCCCCCCGCUAAGAAAGCUGCUGUACCUGCCAAGCAGGCCGGUCUGCUUCAGCACCCUGGAAAGGCUGCAGUCAAGGCAUCAGAGAGCAGCAGCAGCAGUGAAGAAUCCAGUGAUGAUGAGGAGGAGGACAAAAAAAAAAAGCCUGUCCAGAAGGGAGUUAAGCCCCAAGCCAAGACAGUCAAAGCUCCUCCUAAGAAGGCCAAGAGCUCUGAUCCUGAUUCUGACUUAAGCUCAGAGGAUGAGGUGCCAAAGAACCAGAAGCCAAAGACAGCACCCGUGGCAGCUAAAGCUCAGGCUAAAGCCCUAGCCAAACCAGGUACACCAGCUCGUCCCGCACCUUAAGUAGUCAGUGGCAAAGCAGCUGGUAGUAACCGCAGCAGCAGCAGUGAUGAUGACUCAGAGGAGGGGAAGGCAGCAGCCGUAUCUAAGAAGACUGUACCUAAAACGCAAGCUGUGGCCAAGGCCCCAGUGAAAGCAGCUGUCGCUCCUGCCCAAAAGAGUUCCAGCAGUGAGGACUCCUCCAGUGAGGAGGAGGAGGAGGAAGAGCAGAAGAAAAAACCAGGUCCCUAUAGUUCAGUUCCCCCGCCCUCUGUUCCCCCACCCAAGAAGUCCCUGGAAAUUCAGGCUCCCACGAAAGCUGCAGAGAAGCAGCAGCCUGUGGAGAGCAGUGAGGACAGCAGCGACGAGCCUGAUUCAAGUUCUGAGGAAGAAAAGAGACCUCCAGCUAAGGCAGUCAUCUCCAGAGCAACUACUAAACCAGCUCCAGCAAAGAAGGCAGAGAGCUCUUCAGACAGCGCAGACUCCGACAGUUCUGAGGAUGAAGCUCCUGCCAAGCCAGCCUGUACCACCCAGAAUUCCUCGGGUAAGCCAGCUGCCGCUCCCAGGCAGUCUGCGGUUAAGCCAGCUACAACGCCCAAGCAGCCUGCAGCACUGGCCAGAAAGGCUGAUAGCACCUCCAGCGAGGAGGAGAGCAGUGCUAGUGAGGAGGAGAAGACGAAGAGGACUGUAGCCACCCCUAAGUCCAAGGUGAUGGCCAAAGCAGGUCCGUCUUUGCCUGCCAGGCAGGCCUCUCAGGGUGGUGGGGACAGCAGCUCUGAUUCAGACAGCUCCAGCAGCGAGGAAGACGAGCAAGAGGAGACGCCUAAACCCCCAGCCAAAAAGAAGCCACAGAAGGCAGGGGGAACUGUAGCCCCUUCCAAACCAGCCUCUGUGAAGAAAGCAAAGGCCGAGGGCAGCAGCACUUCUUCCUCUGAGGACUCCGGUGAGCAGGAGGAAGAGGAGAAGCCCAAGGCCAAGGGCACGACAAGACCACAAACCGCCAAGGCCAAUGGCACCUCUGCACUGACUGCCCAGAAUGGAAAAGCAGACAAGGACCGCAACGAGGAGGAGGGGGGCAAGAAAAAGGCAGCAGUGGCAGUUGCUAAGCCAGGUUCAGGAAAGAAGUGGAAGCAGAAUGAGUCUGCUAAGGAGGCAGAGACUCCUCCAGCCAAGAAGAUAAAGCCCCAGACCCCCAACACGUUUCCUAAAAGGAAGAAAGGAGAACGAAGGGGAUCCUCCCCGUUCCGAAGGGUCAGGGAGGAGGAGAUUGAGGUGGAUGCUCGAGUGGCAGACAAUUCCUUUGACGCCAAGCGGGGUGCAACCGGAGACUGGGGGGAGCGAGCCAAUCAAGUUCUGAAGUUCACCAAAGGCAAAUCCUUCCGGCACGAGAAAACCAAGAAGAAGCGGGGCAGUUACCGGGGAGGCCCCAUCUCUGUCCAAGUCAAUUCUGUUAAGUUUGACAGCGAGUGACCGUGGACCAUCUGUAGCACAGCAGGAGUGAUGGUCAGAGACCACUCACUUUCCCCAGUCGACCUGGGAACCCUCAGCUCUAUCAGGGGAGGGUGUCGGUGAGGAGAGCAGUUUAGAUUAGGUCUGAAGGCUUUGCGUCGUAACAUCCUCUAAGGUCCUUUUCUAUGUUUGUGGUUUUGUACAGAUUUGUUUUUGAGUGUUGGGUAGCAAGGACAAGGUAAGGGGAGUGUUCUUUUUUAAGAAAAAUUGUUUUAGUUGUCAUUCUCCCUGUUUUGUGGAAGUUCUCAUACUGAGAAAUUUGUAUAUUUUACAUUAGAUCAUUUCUUACUGAUUUUUGUUGUGGUUUUCAGGGGUGGGUUCACAGAUUAAAAUCUCAGCUAUCUUCCAAGAUGUGGUAAAGGUCACAUUAUGAAUUUUUAUAAUUGGAGAAUUCUGUCUAUGGGAGUGCUUGUGUCCACAUUUCAUCCUUCCUACCCUUCAGGGCCCUGGUGAGGGGCGGCUAAGAAUGGUUAAUGUAUGUCUCUGUUAAGCAUGAACUACGUACCUCAUUCGUGGGGUCUAGGACUGAAGUUUUCAGCCAGCAUGGACUUACCUACUUCGGGGGAUAAAAUUUGCUGUUUUGUUUCAGGCAAAAUUCUGGUGGGGUGUGAAUGCUGUGGGGUCAGUCUGAAUAUUUCGUUUGCUAUAAUUUUAUUAUUACAUAAUGUUUGCAAUAUGUGUUUUUUAAUUUGAAAGCAUAAACUUUUUUAUUGUUCAAAGACAAAAAUAAAUAAA